UUGAUUGAAUGCCUCUCUGUUUGAGCAUGCGCAGUACCCUGUCAGCAUGGAGUUGAGGAAGUUUUGUGCCAGAGCCACCUGAGCGUAAAUUGUCGCUUAUUCAAAACACUACGGGAAGGUUUCUACACAUAUGUUGACAGUGGAAGUUGAAAGUGGAAACAGCGAUGAUCUCAUCUACUGAUCUGGAGCAGCUGGCUGAAAUAGAGCUGCAGAAGGAGGAAGAUGAGGAACAGGGUCGUCAUGGCUACCGUCCGGAUCGCCCUCCAGCCCCACGUAGAGUCAGCUUAGGCCAGGACACUUCUCACCCCUACUACGAUGUGGCUCGCCACGGGAUCCUACAGGUCACAGGUGAUGAUAACUAUGGCAGGAAGCUAGUGAUCUUCAGUAGCUGCCUGAUGCCCCCCUCCCAUCAGCUCAACCACCACCACCUACUGCAGUAUCUGAUGUAUACUCUGGACCAGUAUGUAGAGAGUGACUAUACGGUAGUGUACUUCCACCAUGGUCUCCGCAGCUGCAACAAGCCCUCGCUACACUGGCUACGAAACGCCUACAGAGAAUUUGACAGGAAGUACAAGAAGAACCUGAAAGCCCUCUAUGUCGUCCAUCCUACUAACUUUAUCAGAGUCAUCUGGAAUAUAUUCCAACCACUCAUCAGUCACAAGUUUGGUAAGAAGCUGACCUAUGUAAACUACCUGUCUGAGCUCAGAGAUCACCUGAGCUGGGAUCAGCUCAUCAUCCCACCUGAUGUCCUCAGGCAUGACGAGAGGCUGCAGGUGGCCCAGAAGGGAGGUCUGCACCCCUCAUCGAAGACUCCUCCCCCCAGACCUCCUCUGCCCACUCAGCAGUUUGGAGUCAGCCUGCAAUAUAUUGCUGAGAAGAACCAGGGAGUUGUGAUCCCCCCUGUGAUGUCCCAGACUGUGUCUUAUCUCAAAGACAACGGCCUCCAGACAGAAGGUAUCUUCAGGAGGUCCGCUCGUGUUCAGCUCAUCAAGGACGUCCAGAAGCUCUACAACCAGGGGAAGCCAGUGGUGUUCGAGCAGUACGGAGACAUCCACGUGCCUGCUGUCAUCCUGAAGAGCUUCCUCAGAGAGCUUCCUGAACCUCUGCUCACCUUCCCCCUCUACCACCAGAUACAGGACGUAGUCCGAGUGGAGAGCAGUCUACGAGUGACCACCUGUAAACACAUCCUAGAGAGACUACCAGAACACAACUACAUGGUGUUGAAGUACCUGCUCUGCUUCCUGAACAUGGUCUCUCAGCAGAGUAUCAUCAACAAGAUGUCUCCCUCCAACCUGGCUUGUGUGUUUGGUGUCAAUCUGUCCUGGCCUUCUCAGGGCUCUGUCUCUCUGACAUCUCUAACACCGCUCAACAUCUUCACUGAGAUCCUUAUAGAACAUUACCAUACAGUCUUCAGCUCCCGCUGCCCACAAGCAGAGGUACUGCCCUGAUACCAGCCCCCCGUACCAGCCCCCGUACCACCCCCGUACCAGCCCCGAUACCAGCCCCCGUACAUUCCCCGGUACCAGCCCCCGAACCAGCCCCGGUACAUUCCACCGUACCAGCCCCGGUACCAGCCCCUGUACCAGCCCCGGUACAUUCCCCCGAUACCAUCCCCGGUGCCAUCCCACCACCGUACGGACAGGCUCCACUGCACAGCCCAACACCCAGCGACUCAACCCAACAAAACAGACCCGCUGUGAUUGUCUACUGGGAUGACCUGUUUUUGAAGAAUGUCCCCAAACACCCGUUGCUGCUGAAACAAGAUGGCUCCCAGAAUCUGUUCCCUUUCUUUCUCCUGUGACAUAAUCCCGUUUGUUUUGGUGCACAACUUACUGACUUCAUUGUCCCCAUGGGGACAUGUUGUUGCAGUGUCAUGUACACAUUUAAAGUUUAAAUACAAAACACAAUUGACAAUACAACUUUCAUAACAGUUACAUACCAAUAUUUUUUUUAAUAAUUAGAAUAAAGAAAGAAAUUAAACAUACAUUAAAAAAAACAUUAGCCUGCUGGCCUUACUGAGUCUAUAGGAACAUUAGCCUGCUGGCCUUACUGAGUCUAUAGGAACAUUAGCCUGCUG